AUGGCUUUGUCCCAGGCUGCACGUUUGACCAUCGCGUUGGAGCUCAAGCAGCGCUUGCCACGGCUGAUUUUUGCGGCCGUGGAUGCGUUUCCAUUGGCUGAUGGGGGGAAGGAAGGCGGAGUGGCAGUGAUCGCCGUGCGGAGUCUCCCUCCUGAUGAGCGUUUGGACAGCUCUGUUGCAGCCAGCUUGGAGGAGCUUGCUGGUGGCAGUCACCGUCCUCCAGUCCAACUUAAGGCUCGGCAGAUUCACAUGCAGAUCGCCGAGGCACCUUCCUUGGAUCUGAAGGUGAACUGGCAUGAUGUGGUGGACUACAGUCGUUUGCUGCAGAAAGGCUUGCCAUCUGCAGUCGAGGCCCUCCAGCAUCAACAGGACUCUGCACAGGUCUUGCACUCGACCCAUGAAUGGUGGGAGCUCAAAGCAGCCUUGUCCAAGGCAUCAGCUCCAGAGCAUGCCGUGGCUGCCAGCAAGCCCUACAAGAAGGCUUGCAUUGGGGCCGCAAUAUCUUUGCUGCACCAACGAGAUAAGACACACGCAGGAAAAGGAGCGGGCUUCCAGGAGGCAACAAUGACAUCUACCACCAUGCAGAUUGUUCAUUUGUUGGCGAGGCGAGUUGCACACGAGAAGGAGGCUUUGCAGCUGGAUGCACUGGCCAAGGGAGAGGAGCUGUCCACCAGCACCUGGAAGCCACUUUUGCAACGUUUGUGCUCCGCCGCUGAAGCUGCAGCACCCCUGCCAAAGCUGGAUUGCUUGGAUGAAUGGUGCCAGCAGCUACGGGAGACAGAUUAUGAGAUGUUUAAGCAGGGCUUGCGGGAUGUAGAAGGUCAAGACGCGUUGCUCGCGUGGCGAGAGCGAUGGGGGGCCGAUGGAUAUGGUGGGCUCUCGGGGGAGAGUGCAGCGAGCACGAGCUCCACGCUUGCUAAGGAGUCCUCAGACGCGAUGAGACAUGUAGAAAGCCUUAUUCCAGCUGGUUCUGAGUUGACAUUCUUGGCCCAGACGGGCAGUUUCAUGUACGACUUGCAAGUGGAAACCAGCGAUAUGGAUUUCUCGCUGAUUUACCAGGCUUUGCCUGACAGCUUGCUGAGCUUAAAGCCGCCCAGAGAAGAAUUUUCGCAGCAUGUGCACCAGGGCUUCGCUUCCAACAAGAAAGGUGCUGUGGAGUACUGCGGGCGCGAGUUGGGAUCCUUUAUCACCCUGCUCGCCAAAGGCAACCCCAAAAAUGUCGAGCUCCUGUUCACAAGGAAGCCAAACCAUCACAGUUGGGCAUGGGAAGAGCUCUUAGAAGCACGAGAAUGUUUCCUCACCCUCCGCUGUGCAAAGCAGUACAUGGGAUUCAUCUCAGAGCGCUUGUUCCGUGCUCGUGACCUAUUGAAAGGAAGCGAAGGUGAGAGUGACGAGUUUGAGCGAGGCAGCGAGUUCUCGAAGUUGCUUUACCAUGCGCAUCACAAGAUGCUGGACUUGGGGCGAAUCUUGCGAGGAGGCUGCCCAAUGGUUGCACUUAGUGGCAAGGAGAGACAGGAAGUGCUUGAACUUCGUUUGCGCAGGCCAAGCCGAACAGACGCUCAAGCAUUGCUGGAGAAGGCCGAAGCCCAGAGGGCACACCUCGCAUCCGAGCUCAAGGUAGUUGAAGCUUCCAAAGCUCGGCCUGCAGAAGUUGAUGCCAAUGCAUUGAACAAAUGGCUUCGCAGCGUUCGCGUGCGGAUGGCUUUGGGCGUGAAUCGCGGCGCUAUGCCACGGCCAUUAGGGUCAUUACCUCGAACAAGGUCCUGCGAGGAACAGCAAGCCAUUAAAGAUUUGAUCGAUGAGAUAGCUUUUUCCCAGAAGAUCAAAGUCGUGAUUGCAGGAUAUGGCAUCAGCUCGCGCACCAUGGGCACAAGUCACUCGAAGUCCGACCAUGACAUUAAGUGCAUUUUCGUUCACCCGAGAAGUAUGUACUUCGGUUUGCAGUCCCUUACGACCACCUUCAAGCAGCACUUCCCUGGCGCAGCUGGUGGUUGCGACGUGGAGAUCAGCGGCUGGGAAGCGCGACAUGCGCUGCAGAUGCUGGCAGAAGACAACCCGGCGGUGAUUGGCGUUUUGUCAACACCAUCAGCCUUCGUAGGGGAAGAGUGGAGAGAACGGCUUUUGCAGAUUGCAACGAAGUGGACGGACAGGGGCAGAUUGAUGGUCCAUUGGUACAACCAUACCCGGCGAAACUUUCAAAGUUACAUCAAGUCCAACGACAGUCCAUUGCGCAAGCGAUAUGUUCAUGUCCUCAGGCCUUUGCUGAGUGUUGCCUGGCAGCGGCGUGAGAAGGGCUCAAACUUCCCUCCCUUGGACUUGGCGGAGCUAUUGCAGCAGGUGACAGACCUGGGAGCUGUUGCUGCAGCAGAAGCAGCAGCGGUCUCUUCUUUGAUCCACCAAGUGGAGGAGCUGCCGGAAGCAUUGCCCCGUUCUUCACAGCUGGACGAGCUGAUUGUGCGACUCUUGCAGGAUGAGAAAAUGCCAUCCUCAAAGCCAAGCAGUGGCCUUGGUGACGUUUGGCACCAGCUGUGUGUUGAGAUGGUCAGCACCGCGGCACCGGUCGAAUGA